AUGAGAAACAGGGCUACGACGCCUUUGAGCAAGGCGAAAAUCCGACAAUCAUGGAGCAAAUAUAACCUCUACAACCUCUCCCGUUUCCAGAACCCUUAUACCGGAACCAAAACCUUUUUCCAGCAAAAAUGGGCUGCUAAGUCUGCCGCUCGUGCCUACCACGGCGAGCAAGUCCGCGAGAGUCAAUGGGCACGCAUGUUCUCGCGCCGCAUUCGGAGCGUUGUGCCCAUGAACACAGCCCAGCUGGCCCGCGACGAUGGUUCCCAAAUCUCCGCUGGUCGUGGAUCUGGAUUGGAGUCAGGCACACCGACCUCGUCCGUUCCCCCAACUCCCUAUACCCAGAUGACAUUUGCCCCGUUGGAACGCCGGCUGGAUGUUGCCAUCUUCCGGGCUAUGUUUGCCAGUAGUACGAGACAAGCCCGUCAGUUUGUCGUCCACGGUGCCGUUACUGUCAAUGGGAAGAAGAUGAGAUAUCCAGGUUAUCUCCUCAACCCCGGUGAUCUCUUCCAAGUAAACCCAGAGUUGGUCAUGUACGCUACCGGAGCACCCAAGGACAGGCACGAACGUCGAGAGGCGAGGGUUGCAAAGAAGAAGGCCACCGAGGCUGAACAAGCUGAAGAGACCGAAGGGAAAGAGACCGAUGAAAAGAAGUCAGAGGAAAGCAAGGAUGAGAAAGAAGAAGAUCCACGGGAGACCUUGAAGGCCCUCCUAGGCCAGGCUAAGAACAUCAUGGCGAGCAGCAAGGAUGUGCUCCCGGCCAAGCGCAAACAGGAAUUGCGUGGCUUCCAGAAAGCCGUCCGGAGAGUCCUAUCCCGUUCUGAAGCCAGUAUCAUUCUUGCCGGCAGCUUGGAGGAACAGUUCUCCGAGCUCAUCUCGCUCCUCAAGGCAAAGAAGGUGGAAACGGACGGCAAGAAGAACACCCCCCGCGAGCGACGUUCACAAGAGGAAGAAGAAAUACCAUCCACCGAAGCUUCUUCUGCCCAGCCCGGCGAGAAGCUGACGGAGGCCUUCAAGGCAGCCGCCCAGAACCCCAAUGCGGAAUUGGAUGCGGAACUAACGUCGGAACUGACCGACGAUGAAUUCGAUGUGCUUAAGCGGGCGCUUGUUCAGAUGCGCGACAACCCAGUUGACCACUCGAAGCCGUAUGCCACCCCCUGGCGUCCGCGGGAUUACAUGAGCGCUUUCGCAUUCAUCCCACGAUACCUCGAAGUCAACCAAAACAUCUGUGCUGCAGUGUAUCUGCGACACCCGGUAGCGCGACCCGGAAUCGCAGAAGUACCAACGCCAUUUGGUGAACCUGUCGGCACGGCCGCUUUUACGUGGUACUUGAGGAGACGGUAG